CGACUUCGGCAAGACGGCAACUACGCAAUAAGUAUAACCAACUAUUCUCCAAAAAUCCCCCUUUUACUUUCUUCAUCAUCUACCACUUUAACGACCAUCAACAACAAAUUAAGGUUCGAAAGAAACGUUUCAUCCUCUGCAACAUAAAAAAAAACUCGAGCUUGCAAAAACUGUUAACAAUGGCGUAUGUUGAUCAUGCUUUCUCCAUUACCGAUGAAGAUAUUAUGAUGGAUAACUCUUAUGCAAUCAACAAUAAGCCCCCUAUUAAAGAGAUCGCUCUCGCUGUCUCUCUCCUCGUUUUCGGUGUUGUCGGCAUCGUUCUGGGGAUUUUCAUGGCUGUUAAUCAUAUCGGUGGUGAUCGAGCUCAUGGGCUAUUCUUUGCAAUAUUAGGGGCGAUCUUGUUCUUACCGGGCUUUUAUUAUACAAGGAUUGCUUACUACGCAUACAAGGGCUACAAGGGUUUCUCUUUCUCUAACAUUCCUCCUGUUUAGUGGUCAAAUUCUAGAUUUAGUACUCUACUUGCUGUGUUUUCUGUACAUAGAAAUGGAUAAGUGUAUCAAAAGAAAUGAAAUACGGAGUAUUACCUUUAUCUUCAUUUAAGAACUGUAAUUGUUGGUAAUUUUGUGCUGGAGAGGGGUGAUGUGUUGCUGGUUUUAAGGUUUUUUUUUUUUUUUUUUUUUUUUUUUUUUUUUUUUUUUUUUUGUUUUUUUGUGCUGUGGUCUCGAAUAAUCCGCAUCCUGUAUCUAGUGAUGUUGUGGAGUUGCUUGAGAUUUUACAAGGUCAAGGUUGUAAUUGUUUCUUGUGUAUCCAACUAUCCACAGAUUUAAAUUGGCCUUUUUUUUUAGUACAAAUGGACUUUCUGAGUACUUCGUGUUUUGUAUGCAAUGGGAUGCUUACUCACUUCAAGUUAUGCUUUUUAAUUUUUUA